AGCGAGAGAGCCCGGUUGCCUAGAGCGGCCUGGGAAAGGCCCCUCUCUCCGUCCUUCCGACUCGCCUCCUCUUUCCGCUUGUCUUGGGAGGCCUCUGGGGCGGAACCUGCAUCUUCUGAGCUCCUCAGGAAGGACCAAAGCGCCUGAACCUGCCAACCUAGCAAGGAUGGAAGGAGGAAGAUGGACAGAUGACCUUGUCAGACUGCCUCCUGCAUCCCUCCCCAAAACCUCUGGGCAUUUUCUCCCAGGGCCCUCAGAGACAUUUGCAGCUGAUGGAAACAAUAGUCAGAAUUCCAAGAUUUCACCUGGAAUUUCAUUGAAGAAACCAUUUAAAUGUAUGGAGUGUGGAAAAACAUUUGCUAAUUCUGGAAGCCAUAGAACACAUCAACGGAUUCACACAGGAGAAAAACCAUUUAAAUGUUUGGAGUGCGGAAAGUGCUUCAUUAAGCAUGCAUCCCUUAGUUCACAUCAAAGAAUUCACACAGGGGAGAAGCCAUUCAAAUGUAUGGAGUGCGGGAAAUGUUUCAGGUGGAAGUAUUACCUUACUACACACCAGCGAACUCACUCAGGGGAGAAGCUAUUUGAAUGUAUGGAGUGUGGAAAGUGUUUCAGGUUGAAGCAAUACCUUACUACACACCAGCGAACUCACACAGGGGAGAAACCCUUUAAAUGUAUGGAGUGUGGGAAGACUUUCGCAGAUAGUGGAACCCAUGCAAAACACAAACAAACUCACUCAGGGGAGAAGCUAUUUGAAUGUAUGGAGUGUGGAAGGAGUUUCAGGUGGAAGCAACGCCUUACUUUACACCAGCGAACUCACACAGGGGAGAAACCAUAUGAAUGCGUGGAGUGUGGAAAAUGUUUUAGGUGGAAGCAAGACCUUACUACACACCAGCGAAUUCACACAGGGGAGAAGCCAUUUAAAUGCAUGGAGUGUGGGAAGACUUUCGCAGAUAGUGGAUCUUAUGCCAAACAUCUACGAAUUCACACAGGGGAGAAGCCAUUUAAAUGUAUGGAGUGUGGAAAGACUUCCUCAGAUAGUGUAUCCCAUACACAACAUCUACGAAUUCACACAGGAGAAAAACCAUUUAAAUGUAAUGAGUGUGGAAGGUGCUUCAAUCAAGGUGGAAACCUUAAAAAACACCUACAAAUUCACACAAGGGAUAAACCAUUUAAAUGUGUGGAGUGCGGGAAGACUUCCGCAGAUAAAGGAUCCCACAUAAACCAUCUACGAAUUCACACAGGAGAAAAACCAUUUACAUGUACGGAGUGCGGAAACUGCUUCAGUCACAGUGGAAACCUUAAAAACCACCUACGAAUUCACACAGGGGAGAAACCAUUUAAAUGUGUGGAGUGUGGGAAGAGCUUCAGUCAAAGAGGAAGACUUAGAAAACAUCAACAAACUCACACGGGAUGAAAAAGCAUUUAAACGUGUGCAGUGUGGAAAGUGCUUCAGCUAAUCACACCUCUGCCAUUGCUUUUUCCGCUGCCACCACCCCGUAUCUUACGGGGACACACGGAGUCCAG